UUUUUUAAAUCGAUCAAAUGACAAUCAUAUUUAUGUAAUGUUAUUUAUGGAGUUAAAUUAGCGGAGCCAGCCGCUAAACUGCCUCGCCGUGUGACGGGGAACCGCAGUUGGAAGCGGACUUUCUGGACAGCCACCCGGCCGGUACAGCUGCCCGUCGCAGGACUUGAGUCAGAGCUGCGUCGCUGCCCUGCUAGCGGUGGGCUAAUGUCACACAAGGACAACAAGAGCCAUCUGUUGGGUGCAACGCCCAGCCAAGACAGUGACUUGCAGUGAGGCGAGACAAGGAUCGCACCUGUUGGACACCCCUUUGUCUCACUCAUGUGUGGCCGUCAGUUAACAUGUCGAAUCAACACCAGCCGGUUUUCCCGAUCCAACAGCAGCCUAGUCUCAACUCCGCUCCUUUCCCACAAUUUUUCGUGAAACCUUUUAACAGCCCUCUUGAAAUGAGAAGGAAUGUGAUAACAGACGAUUACCGUGUAACGAGUCAGGUGCUCGGGAUGGGGAUAAAUGGCAGAGUGUUGGAAAUAUUCCACAAAGAGAGUGGAGAAAAGUAUGCACUCAAGAUGCUGCAGGAUUGUCCGGAGGCCAGACGAGAGGUGGAGCUCCACCGGAGGGUGUCACCUUGCCCCCACAUUGUGCCCAUCAUAGAUGUUUAUGAGAAUCUCUACCAGGGCAAGAAGUGCCUCCUCAUUGUGAUGGAGUGCAUGGAUGGGGGUGAAUUAUUCAGUCAUAUCCAAGACAGAGGGAAUCAUGCCUUUACAGAAAGAGAGGCCUCGGACAUCAUGAAAAGUAUAGGAGAAGCCAUACAUUUCUUGCAUUCCAUCAAUAUUGCUCACAGAGACAUCAAGCCCGAAAACCUGCUGUACACCUCUAGAAGACAAGAUGCCCUCCUCAAGCUGACUGAUUUUGGGUUUGCCAAAGAAAUCACCACUUUGAACUCAUUGGCAACGCCAUGUUUUACCCCCUACUACGUUGCUCCAGAAGUUCUUGGUCCAGAGAAGUAUGACAGAUCCUGUGACAUGUGGUCUCUGGGUGUCAUUAUGUAUAUUCUACUUUGUGGAUAUCCUCCUUUUUUCUCAUAUCAUGGUCUGGCGAUAUCCCCAGGGAUGAAAAGACGGAUAUGUAAUGGACAGUACGAGUUCCCCAACCCAGAGUGGUCUGAUGUGUCUGAAGAAGCCAAACAGCUUAUCUGCCACUUACUGAAAACUGAGCCCACCCAAAGAAUGAGCAUCACAGAGUUCAUAAACCAUCCCUGGAUUAAUUCCGUGGAGGUGCCACAAACGCCUCUGCACACCAGCCGCGUGCUGCACGAGGAACAAGAUGUCUGGGAGAAGGUUAAGGAGGAAAUGACAAAUGCCCUGCAAACAAUGAGAGUGGAUUAUGAUCAAAUUAAAAUCAAAACUGUUGAAGAUUCAACUAAUCCUCUCCUCUUGAAGAGAAGAAAGAAAACUAAAAUCUCAGCCACACAACCUCCAGGCUAGCGAAAUAAAGACUUUUUAAUAUGUAUUUCGUUUCACACAGACACAAACACACACAUGCAAAAUAUUUUUUAGGAACAAAAGCUUUUAAGAAGAGUUUUGGGGAAACUGGAAAUUAUCAAUGCUUUUGUAAUACAGUAUGUUUUAGCUGUUUUUAUUUUCUUCUGUAAAACUCAUGAUUUUAUUCUCAAAAUUUGAAAACAUGAAAUCCUUCUAGGCAUUUUGGUAAAUGUGCUUAAAGGACGCUUUCUAUGCAAGUAUUCUGUAUGUGCACUAAGGCUAAUUCUUACAUCCUACCAAUCGCAUACAACAUUAAAAGCAGUUACCAGUUUUAAUGUUGUGGCUGAUCAGUGUAUAUGUGCACCGUAUUUUGAUCAUUUUAAAUAUUUUGAUAUACAGUGGCACGAAAAGGUUUGAGCCCCCCUGGUCAAAUUUUCUGUUACUGUAAAUAGAUAAUCGAGUAAAUGAUGAACUGAUUUCCCAAAGGCAUAAAGUUAAAUAUGACACAUUUCUUUAAUAUUUUAAGCAGAAUUACUUUUUUAUUUCCAUCUUUUACAGUUUCAAAAUAACAAAAAAGGAAAAGGGCCCGAAGCAAAAGUUUGGGCACCCUGCAUGGUCGGUAGUUAGUAACACCCUGUUUGGCAAAUAUCACAGCUUGUAAACACUUUUUGUAGCAGCUAAGAGUCUUUCAGUUCUUGUUUAAAAGGAUUUUCACCCAUUCUUCCUUGCAGAAGGCUUCUAGCUCUGUGAGACUCUUGGGCCGUCUUGCAUGCACUGCUCUUUUGAGAUCUAUCUACAAAUUUUUGAUGUUUAGGUUGGGGACCGUGAGGGCCUUGGCAAAACCAUCAGCUUGUGCUUCUUGAGGUAGUCCAUUGUGGACUUUGAGGUGUUCUUAGGAUCAUUAUCCUGUUGUACAAUCCAUCCUCUUUUCAUCUUCCGUUUUUUAUAGACGGGGUGAUGUCUGCUCCCAGAAGUUGCUGGUAUAUAAUUGAAUCCAUUCUUCCCACUACCAGUGAAAUGUUCCCCGUUCCCACUGGCUGCAACACAAGCAUAAAGCAUGAUCAAUCCACCCCU